AUGCAAUAUAAUUCUAGGUUCCUAGAAUUGAACAUUCCAGACUCUUUUCUCAACAUUAACAAAAUUCCCGAUGCUACGAAGUUCAUUGCUAUCAUAUACAUAUGUUUGACAACGUCCCUUUUCUGCAUAAGAAGAUCACUGUAUAAUAAACUAUCCCUUGAAGAUCCAAAUGUGGACUACAACUUAAUCACCCUGCCCAUUUUGCAAAUGGUGCCUUCACAGAUUUGGAGAUACCCCACAUCUUUAAUUUUAUCCAAUUUCAUCGAUACAAAGGCUUGGAAGGUGGUAGUAAAUCUGCUCAAUCUAAUCAUUGGUGGUUCCUUUAUUGAACGCAAUUGGAACUCUUCAAAAGAGAUGUUUAAAUUCAUCGUAGUGUUAGGUUCGGUAACAAAUGUAUUGAUCGUCACGUUAACCUUGUUGAUAUCUCUUUUCUCAAAUAAAGUAAGACUGGAUAUUCCUUUGGAUGGGAAUUAUACAAUCCUGAUUGGGUUCCCCAUCAUUUAUAGGCAACUACUGCCAGAAACAACCAUAAUCAACCUCAAGACUCCUCAUUUUUUGGCCAAAAACUUCAGAUUCAAACUACUGCCCAUUUUUGUUAUGUUCAUAAUGACGGUAACUCAAAUAAUAUGGUUUCAUCAUUUCGCUCAACUUUUUUCCAUCUGGAUUACCUUUUUUGCCAGUUGGUCGUAUUUAAGAUUCUUCCAAAAGCUUGUGCCAUUGAAUUGUCCAUCUUUACCAACAACUAACUCUCAAGAUAUUCAGGAGGCACUAAUUGGUGAUGCAUCCGAUACCUUCCAAUUGAUCUAUUUUUUUCCUGAUCUGAUCAAGCCACUUCUAAGGCCGAUCUUCGAUUCUAUUUACGAUGUGGUUGUUGUGAAGCUCAGUAUUCUGAAACCUUUCCAAAAUGUAGACAUUGAUAUCAGUAACUCCAUUGCUGAAAGCAGAGGUGCUAAAAAGAUCACGACUGUAGAAGAAAGAAGAAGACAAUUGGCUCUACAGGUCCUGGAAGAACGUAUGGUGCACCCUUAA